AUGAUUCGUGUUGCAACUCAGCAUCCUAACUCGACGAUAUCCACGACACCAACUCAAGAGUUAGGAACCCUCUUGAAAGAUGAUCAACACGCUAAAGAAUCAUCAUUGGAAAGAGCUAAACGUAUUUGGAGAAACGCUGAUGCCGUUUGCUUCGAUGUUGACUCAACAGUAUGCCAGGAUGAAGCUAUCGAUGAGUUAGCUAAUUAUUUGGGCGUUGGCGAAGAAGUUGCCAAUGUAACUAGAGCCGCUAUGAAUGGAAAUGCUCGUUUUAGAGAUGCUUUGGCUGCCCGGUUACAAGUUAUGAAACCAUCCUACGAACAAGUUGAAGAGUAUGCUACGAAGACAAAGCCUAAGCUGACUCCAGGAAUACAGAGUCUAGUGCGUCUUCUUCUUGAUCGUGGAACUCAAGUUUAUCUUGUCUCUGGAGGUUUCAGACGGUUAAUUAUACCAGUGGCUGAUAUUUUAGGAGUUGAUAGAAAGCAUAUUUACGCUAAUGAAAUACUAUUUGAUAUUAAUAAGAAAUAUUGCGGUUUCGAUACUAAUGAACCAACAAGUGAUUCCGGAUCCAAAGAUGUUGGGAAGCCGGCUGUAAUUGCUUUACUGAAAAAGAAGUUCAAUUACAAAAAUGUUGUGAUGGUUGGAGAUGGUGCGACCGAUUUGGAAGCAUGCCCACCAGCAGAUACUUUUAUAGGGUUUGGCGGAAAUCAGAUCCGGGAAGCCGUUAAAAAUAGAGCCGAUUGGUUUGUGACCAACUUUGUUGAUCUCCAGCAAGAAUUAGAGGCUUAA